AUGUCCUUGCCGCCCUCGCUCAAGCACUGGUCGACCCCGCCCGACGCCCUGAAAAUCCCCAGCUCACUCACGCCUUUGGCCAAUGCGCACCACGUCUCGGCGGUGGCCCCCCGAGAGGCGGAGUACAUGAACCACAGGGAAGUCAUCGCAGCAGCGCGUGCGCAGUAUGCCAAGCGAACGCUGAACACGCACCACUGCAGACGCAAAGCCAUGGCGGUGUCAGACUUGCCCAGGGCUGCCAAGAGCGUUGCCACCUCAUCAACCGUCGCUGCCGCUGGUCCGAACGACGGUUUCACCAUCGCCUUAACAUCGCAGCCGUCCGCCACAGCAGUGGGACCUGUCCCUGGGAAACAAGCGAUGGUCUCGCCGGACAUGUCAUUCUGGCCCACGGCCUGUCGCAGGUAA